AUCACUCUGUCUUGUUAUACUUAUUAUGUACUCAUUUCAUUGAUGAUUAUUUUCUUAUCUCUUUCAAAUAUUGUUCUAAUUUACUGCUUGUGUCUGUUGAAUGUAAUGACUAUUGUUUAACUAUUCAUAUUUCAUUUUUAUCCUCGUUAAAAAGUAUCAAUUUAUAUCAGUUAUAGACAUCGUAACAUGGCUGCGGUUAUUCCAGCUGUGACAAAAUUAUCAAAUAGAAUUAUACGAAUACUUGGUUGUAAUCCUGGGCCUAUGACUCUACAAGGUACCAAUACUUACUUAAUUGGAACGGGCAGAAAUCGUAUAUUGUUGGAUACUGGUGACAGAGAUGUACAGGAUUAUCAGAAAAACCUUGCUGAAGUAGUAAAAGCAGAAAAAAUCAAUAUUGAACAUAUUGUAGUAACACAUUGGCAUCAUGAUCAUAUUGGUGGAGUAGAAAAUCUGUAUGGAACAAUUGCAAAAGAACCACAAAUUUGGAAACACAAGAAAGACCCAAGUGAUUCUCCUGACAAUGAAUUGCCGAGUACAUUGCCAUUAAAUUGGCUAACAGACGGUCAAGAGAUCAAAGUUGAAGGUGCUACUGUUAAGAUCCAUCAUACACCUGGCCACACAACUGAUCAUGUUGUUCUUACAUUGCUUGAAGAAAACAUUUUAUUCAGCGGCGAUUGUAUACUGGGCGAGGGAACAGCUGUGUUUGAAGAUUUAUUUACUUACAUGAAAAGCUUGCAUAAAAUACUGAAAUUAAAACCCAAUGUUAUUUACCCAGGGCACGGCAAUGUAAUUGAAGAUCCCCUAAAAAAGAUAGAAUACUAUAUUGAGCAUAGAAAUCAAAGAGAGGAACAGAUACUUGAUGUUAUGAAGAAAAACGUGGAAACAAAAUUUAAUGAAAUGGAUUUGGUAAAAGUAAUAUAUGUAGAGACUCCAGAACACUUAUGGUCGGCAGCUGCUUAUAAUGUGAGCCACCACUUGAAGAAAUUAACAAAAGAAAAUAAAAUAACGUGUUUUAACACUGAUGGUGAAAAUAAAUGGCAAUUUACUGGUUCAAGAAGUAAUUUGUAAUUGAAAAGGAAGUAAAAUUUUUAGGUAAUAUACAUAUGUGCAAAUUUCUUUAUAAAAGAUAAAGGUUAUUGGUCUGUGGCUAGUUUUCUAUCUAAAGUGGUUCACAAUGUUAAGUCUUUCUAUUUGUUUUCAAUAACUAUAUGUGCCUAAAAAACUUUUAUAUUAUACUAAUUGUAUUGGUAAGUUCAUUUAGAUAUCUGUUUUGUACUAGGUGACUGAGUCGGUUGUCAGAAAUUUAUAAGAUUUAGAAUUUUGUUUAUGGAUUGGGAUUUCAAAUUUAAAACCAUACACUUGAGGCAAUCACAUUU